UAUGCGUAGGCGGAUCGUGUGGGUCGGCCGCAAACGGUGUCAGCAGACGGUGAUGUCAGCCACGCCUGCCGUGUUCGGUCCGCAGGUCAGCGCCUGCAAGCGUUAACUCUGAUGAGCAGAAGACACCGAGAAGUUGAAGCUACAUAUUUGGCCCAAGGCUGAACCCUAGAACCCCAUCGCUCGGAGAAUAUUCGCGAGGUCUUUCCCCCUCCCAUAAUGUAUAACCAGAGUUCUGAGACCCUUGAUUCUCCAGAGACUGAGAUCGUUGUGGCCGAUCCAGGAAAGGCUGAAAGGCAAGCACGAGGAGAGCCCAAAGUUCCUGAAGCUCAACAGGACACCCGCUCGUCCUAUCUCGUGGCACUCUCACCUGAGGAGGAUCCUGAAUAUCUGGCUGUAUCCAAGAAAUGGUUGAUAGUUGUCUGUGUCAGUACAGCUUCACUAUGUGCUACUUGUGCGUCUUCAGUGGCUGCAUUCACUGAGACUGCUGUCUCGCAAAAGCUUCACGUUAGCGAGGAAGUCGCGAUUCUAGGUGUCAGUUUGUACGUACAAGGUCUCGGUGUUGGACCAUUACUGGUUGGACCAUUGUCGGAAUUGUAUGGUCGUAACAUCAUCUAUCGAGUCUCGUUUGCAUUUUUCUUCAUAUUUUCCUGGCCGGUUGCAUUUGCGCCGCACAUCGCGGUCUUCCUCAUAUUCCGCUUUUUGACUGGAUUCUCUGGUGCUGCUUUCUUGACCAUUGCAGGCGGCAGCGUCAGUGACUUAUUUACGAAUGACAAAGUUGCAACUCCUAUGGCACUAUUCACCAUAUCUCCAUUUAUUGGGCCUGUCUUGGGGCCUCUCAUCAGCGGAUUCAUCAAUCAGCAUACUAAUUGGCAAUGGACUUACCGUGUUAUGCUGAUUUGGAUCUUUGUGCAGUUUGCCUGCCUUCUCUUGUUUGUACCCGAGACGUACCAGCCUGUACUCCUCAAAUGGAAGGCGCAAAAACUGCGAAAGACGACAGGCGACUCGCGGUACUAUGCCCCCAUUGAAAAGCAAAACCAGUACAAUUCAUUACCACGUGCCAUCUUGAUGAGUUGCUAUGUACCAUUCAAGCUUCUCGCACUAGAUAGGAUGGCACUCUUGCUUGACCUAUGGAACGCUCUCAUACUUGGAAUCCUCUACCUCGCAUUCCAGGCGUUUCCGAUCAUCUUCGAAGAAGGGCAUGGUUUUUCGGUGCAGAUGACGGGCCUUACAUUCUUAGGUAUCGGAGUGGGUAUGUUCAUCGCGCUGCUCACUCAGCCCUUCUGGAACGGUCGAUUCCGUGCUGCAGCUGCCAAGCGCAAUGGAGACCCGCCUCCCGAAGUGCGAUUGGUUAUGGGUCAAGUUGGCGCUGUGUUGGUACCAGUCAGCCUGUAUUGGCUUGCAUUCACGACAUAUCCUCAUGUCCAUUGGAUUGUGCCCAUCAUUGCUUCAGUACCAUUUGGCACAGGGAUCUUGUAUUGCUUCACAUCCACUUUCACAUAUCUCGUGACCGCGUAUCGGCCAAUUGCAGCUUCAGCUAUGGCCGCAAAUACAUUUGUGCGGACGUCCUUCGCCGCUGCAUUCCCUCUGUUCGCCAAUCAGAUGUAUCACACGUUAGGAACGGUCGGUGCUACUGCGUUGCUAGCUGGAUUGACGACAGUAUCAGCACCCCUACCAUUCAUAUUCUAUAGAAUUGGCGCACGACUUAGAGAGAAGUCAUCUUUCACUCAAGAGCCUCAAUGAGGGACGAUCACCACUAGACAGACACAUCACUGCAUCUUACACAUAUCACUUACUUUGCACAUACCCCUGCAUAGUUCAUUCACGCAUUGCCUCUCGCACGGUGUUUUUUUUUUGGCUUAUUACGCAUUCUAGACAUGACUGGGAAAUGAUGACAUGGUUACGACAUUAGACAUUUAUUUUUUGCCUGAAAA